CGUUUCGUCUGUUUUGGCCAUCUAACUUUCGUUUUCUUUAAGUCGCCCCAGUCGGUAUCCUAAGUGGUGCAUGAGCAGUGUGUCCGGUGUUAGGUAUGGCGCGGCGCGCAAUGUCUCUGCUUCCUCAGUGGUCUUCUCGUGUCUUUUCAGUGGAGCUGGAUGGAGCGCCCCAUUAUUUUGCAAUUCAAGAGAAGCACCGGGGAGAGGAAGCGCCGUGGGUGUUUAGAAAAGCGCAGAACUGCGAGCGGUGUUUCUCUCUUCUCGUCUGCAGCAGCGACAGGAUCCGAAGGGCCAAGUUUUACGGGGAGCUGGGAGACAAAUUGCUGAGACACUUGUCUCCUGGGUGUGAUUUGUCUCCCAUGUCCUCGUUUCUGCCAAACGUCAAGGAUUCUCUCGUCAAGGGGUAUUUUGUGAAGGUUAACUCUGAGAGUUCCUCCCCGACAGAGCGACUCUUGCGAGAUUUAAUACAGCACGACCCAGUGCUUGUGUGUUCGUACUUAAGAGGUGAAGACAGUCAGCUGUGGACUCAGCAUCAGUGGACAGACAGCCAGUUGGUGGAAGUGUCAAAGGGUUACUAUGUGGUACCCUCAGAGGCUCCAGAAUAUCACCCGUCUGCUCUCAACAUCAUCAACUCGGAUGUUUUCUACAGUUUUGAGGAGGCCUAUGAAGUCCUAAAACAGUGUGGUGACAUCAUCCCAGAGGCGAAGUCUGUACUGGAGCUGCUGCCCAGCAGAGCGGAGACCAGAAGUAAACCAGACUUCCCUGUUAUUGUCAUAGAAGGCCUGGAUGCCACAGGUAAGACUACUCUGACUGAGUCUCUGAGGGAUACUCUGGGGGCCGCUCUACUGCGGUCCCCUCCCCAGUGCCUGUCCCCCUGGAGGGCCUGCUUUGAUCAGGAGCCACCCCUCAUCCGCAGGGCCUUCUACGCUCUGGGGAACUACAUCACAGCAGAACAAAUAGGCCAGCAGGGCAUGAAGACACCUGUCAUUGUUGACAGAUUCUGGCACAGCACAGCAGCCUAUGCCAUCGCCACAGCUGUGAGCGGGCCACUGUGCAACCUUCCAGCUGAGGGUUCGGAGGUGUACCGUUGGCCCAGUGACCUGCUCCAGCCCAGCCUGGUGAUCUUACUGACUCUGGACCCUGAGGAGAGGAAGAGAAGGUUGAGGAACAGAGGUCAAGGAAAGACGGACGAGGAGCAGGAGCUGGACCAUAACCAGCUUUUCAGACUCAGAGUGGAGGAGGCUUACCGGAGGAUCAGUGGCCCAGCUUGCAUCUCUGUGGAUGCUAGUCCUUCUGCAGACCAAGUGCUCCAACAAGUGCUGCUUUUAAUUAGGGGCAAAUGCCACUUGUAAACAGUUCUCCAUCUCCCCUGCUGUCGGCCAUGCAUCAAGUGGGCGCAGUACCUCCUUUCGCCACUGGGUGCCAGUAAGGUGUUGUGAAUGUCAUAGUAGGAGCAAUGGUGGCUAGAUUGGAGUGCAGAGAAAAGAUGCUAUUCAGAGUGAGUAAAGGUUGAAUGGCCAGGGGCCAGAUCCGCAUGCUACAGUCAGAAAUACAUAUUCAUGUAGACACACAAACAGAUUCGCACAUACACACAAAGACACAACAAUAAAAGUAUUGUCAAGAAGAAGUGUGACCCCUCAGAAAUCAGACCCAGUGUAGCUACACUUAUUAACAACCACUUGUUCUUGGACUGACACUGAGGAAGUGGACUGAAACAUUGAUAUAAACAACAGUCACACAGAUACCAUUUAAGUUAACAAACAGGCAAAAUACACAAUUCAAAAUAAGCAAUAAACCCACAAAAAUGAAAAUAAAUAAUGAAAAUAAUUAUAAUUUCUAAUUUGUUGAGCUGUCAUAUUAAAGCUGUCAUAUUAAAGGAAAA